AAAAUAAAAUGUAAUCUUAAAAGUUACUGUUGAAUAAAUUCAAUCAUAGGUUAAUAAUUGGUUGAUAAUAAAUGGUUUCAAAUUUAAAUUCCACAAGUUAGUUAUAAAAAAAGAAGAAAAAUUAGGAUCACCACCAUUAUAAAGGGCCACAACUCAUACAACAUAUUAUGCAGUAUAUAAUUAUCAUAUAUAUAUUAUACAGAUUUAUAAUGCCUCUUAUAUUCAUUAUUAAACAUUUGGAAAAUUAUAAAAUUAAAUUCUCAAAACAAAUUUUGUCUGUAUGGAAAACAUUUCAAAUGUCAACAAGUUAAAUCCAUUGAAAACAUCAUCAUAGAAAUGUAUAAAGUCAAACAAUAAAAAAAAAUCGGUGAAAACUUUAUAAAUAUAAUUACUGUCAUGACUAAAUUCAUAAAUUUUGCCCUGUUUUUAUUACUGCAAAUAAUGGGGACAGGAUAUGUUCACAAAAAUAAAAAAACUCACAUUUUUUCUUGUAACAUUUCCUGAAACUGCAAUAAUUAAUCUUGUAUUUUAUCCAUUUCAUAACAUUGACAUAUUAAUAAUAAUUACAACGAAGAUCUGCCAUCAAUUGUUAAAGAAGAAACAGAGGAUCAGCCAACAUAGACCAGAAAGUGCAGUAAAAGUUACUCCCCAGAGAGUAAGAGAUUCAUCUACUAGUAACAAUCACUCAGACAUAGAAUCAGAAAGAAACAUUUGAAUGGUAAUGGCACAUCAAUUUGAUAUCCUAUUUUGAAACAUGCUAAAAUCUUGGUUUAAUAUCAACAUUAUCAUGAACAACUGAAAAUUAUGGUGGCCAAUGUUGUUUGAAGCAAAAACAAUUAAAAUUUAGCCAUGAUAAUCCUAGAAUAAUCCACUAUUAUGCUAGAAUAUUCCAUCAUUUUUGUAUUCGUGGUUAUCCUAAAAUAUUCCAUCAUUUUUGUAUUCGUGGUUAUCCUAGAAUAUUCCGCCAUUUUUGUAUUCGUGGUUAUCCUAAAAUAUUCCUUUAUUUUUGUAUUCGUGGUUAUCCUAAAAUAUUCCUUUAUUUUUGUAUUCGUGGUUAUCCUAAAAUUUUCCUUUAUUUUUAUAUUCGUUGUUAUCCUAAAUUAUUCCUUUAUUUUUGUAUUCGAGGUUAUCCUAAAAUAUUCCUUUAUUUUUGUAUUCAUGGUUAUCCUAAAAUAUUCCUUUAUUUUUGUAUUCGUGGUUAUCCUAAAAUAUUCCUUUAUUUUUGUAUUUGAGGUUAUCCUAAAAUAUUCCUUUAUUUUUGUAUUCGUGGUUAUCCUAAAAUAUUCCAUCAUUUUUGUAUUCGUGAUUAUCCUAAAAUAUUCUAUCAUUUUUGUAUUCGUGGUUAUCCUAAAAUAUUCCUUUAUUUUUGUAUUCGUGGUUAUCCUAAAAUAUUCCUUUAUUUUUGUAUUCAUGGUUAUCCUAAAAUAUUCCUUUAUUUUUGUAUUCGUGGUUAUCCUAAAAUAUUCCUUUAUUUUUGUAUUUGAGGUUAUCCUAAAAUAUUCCUUUAUUUUUGUAUUCGAGGUUAUCCUAGGAUAUUCCUUUAUUUUUGUAUUCGUGGUUAUCCUAGGAUAUUCCUUUAUUUUUGUAUUCAUGGUUAUCCUAAAAUAUUCCUUUAUUUUUGUAUUCGUGGUUAUCCUAAAAUAUUCCUUUAUUUUUGUAUUCAUGGUUAAUAUCCUAAAAUAUUCCUUUAUUUUUGUAUUCGUGGUUAUCCUAGGAUAUUCCUUUAUUUUUGUAUUCGUGGUUAUCCUAAAAUAUUCCUUUAUUUUUGUAUUAGUGGUUAUCCUAAAAUAUUCCUUUAUUUUUGUAUUAGUGGUUAUCCUAAGAUAUUCCACCAUUUAA